CGCUGGGCAGCGGGGCUGGCGGGCGGACCGGGCCGGGCCGGAGAAGUUUUCACUGCGGCUGCUGAGCGAGGGUGCGGGCCCCGGCUGGCAGUGCACGCCCGCUGCCAUGGCUUUCCGUAGGAGGACGAAAAGUUACCCGCUCUUCAGCCAGGAGUUCGUCAUCCACAACCAUGCAGACAUCGGCUUCUGCUUGGUGCUCUGCGUCCUCAUCGGGCUUAUGUUCGAGGUCACAGCCAAGACUGCCUUCCUAUUUAUUUUACCUCAGUAUAAUGUUAGUGUGCCUACAGCAGACAGCGAGACAGUCCACUACCACUAUGGCCCAAAGGACCUGGUCACCAUCUUGUUCUACAUCUCCAUCACCAUCAUCUUGCACGCUGUGGUCCAAGAGUACAUCUUAGACAGAAUCAGCAAACGGCUUCAUCUCUCCAAGGCCAAACACAGCAAGUUCAAUGAAUCUGGACAGCUGGUCGUCUUUCAUCUCAGCUCCGUGGUGUGGUGCCUCUAUCUGUUGGUAACGGAAGGAUACUUAACAAACUUGAGAAGCCUCUGGGAAGAUUACCCGCACGUGUACCUCUCCUUCCAGGUGAAGUUCUUCUACUUAUGCCAGCUGGCCUACUGGCUGCACUCCCUACCCGAGCUUUACUUCCAGAAGGUGCGGAAGGAAGAAAUCCCCCGCCAGCUGCAGUACAUUUGCCUGUAUCUGCUUCACAUCGCUGGGGCGUACCUCUUGAACCUGAGUCGCCUGGGCCUGAUCUUGCUGCUGCUUCAAUACUCCACCGAGUUCCUUUUCCACAUGGCCCGGCUCUUCUACUUCGCAGAUGAGAACAACGAGAGGCUGUUUAACGCCUGGGCUGCCGUGUUUGGGGGCACACGCCUCUUCAUCCUCACUCUCGCCGUCUUGGCCAUCGGCUUCGGAUUGGCUCGGGUGGAAAACCAGGUGUUUGACCCCGAGAAAGGGAACUUUAACACCUUGCCUUGCAGGCUCGGCAUGCUGCUGCUGGUGUGUGUUGUCCAGGCCUGGCUCAUGUGGCGCUUCAUCCACUCGCAGCUGCGGCACUGGCGGGAAUACUGGAAGGAACAGAAUGCCAAGCGCAGACUCCCAGCCGCUGCCCCCAGGCUCCCAGCCAGGCCUAUCAAGAGGGAACCUGGUUACCAUGAAAAUGGCGUGGUGAAAGCAGAGAACGGAACCUCCCCACGGACUAAGAAACUCAAGUCUCCCUAAGGCCAAAGUGCUGAGAACAGGAUCCACUGGGUGAGGGCCCAGCAGGGAGGCAAGAGACCCUGGCCCCCAGCUCAGCCUCUCUAUCCUCCUAGCCCGGCUCCAUCUCCAUCAGCAGAAACCUUGGCAUCAAAGGGGGAGUCAGUCUCUACCUUCUUGGCUUUCUCUUCUUCCAUAAACCAUUCUCAAUAAAACCAAAAACCUUCCUCUCUCGCUCCCUUGGGCCACCUCGUGGCCUCACCUCUGUCCUGUACUCUAGGUCUUCUCAGACGCCUAGAUUUUCCUAGCCGUCUUUCUCGCUUGCCUCUUUCUCUUCCUUCAUGGCUACUUCUGUUUCUCCUCACUUCCUGACUUUAAUGUGCAAUUUCUCUGAUAUUUUACACCGAGAGGGAGCUAAGAUUGCAGUCCUGUCCAUCAGUCCCAGGACCUGUCCGCCUGGAAGCCUCUUGCCAAGGAGCUUCCCCUAGAGCUGGUGGCCGAUCCUCGGUGGCCCCUGUGUGGAUGGAUGGGCAGGAGGAGGAAAGGCCAUCCCUCUCGGACCACAAUAUUCUUGGUGCUGACUGACUGACAAGAUGUAGGACUGUGGUUCUACACGUCCUGUCCCGAAGUGGUUUGCUUUGGGACGCAGUGACUUAAUCCAGAAAGACAGUGUUAAUUAACUGUUGAGUCCCAGGACUCCAAAGAGCUUCCAGCAUGCUGCGUUUGAGUUGGAAACCAGCCUGCCUUCACUCUGGGGGGUGGGGUGGGGGGCGGGGGAAUGUGCUAAGAAGGACGUGCCUUCCCACUUCCGUCUCAAGAGCAAAGCGUGUUGAACGGCUUGCCUCUUCUGGAAAGGUGGCUGGACGAGAGAGACAGAAGCGUCUAUCUGGAACUUUCUCCAGCAUACCAGCCGACGUACUUCCUUAACCCAUCCACCAGCGUCUAAAACCAAACCAAACAGCAGUUACAAACCUGCCCCCAUCAGAGGCCAGACACACAACCUAGACGUCAUCUCUCUAGCUGCAGAAACGUGAAGCCUCCGGCCCCGUGUGGUCCCCCACCCACCCACCGGUGUCCCGUGGAGGGUCACCUGGCCACCCUUCCUCUGGCCUCACCUGAGUGUUCUUUAAAAUCGUGUCAUUUGCUGACGCCUGAUAACGGGAUGCCUCAGGGUCACUCUUCCGGCUGUGUGAGCAGACACAGCCACGUCCACAGGAGUCCACGGCUCCAUUCCCUUCAGUGUUCCUUCUCCUCUCUUCUACCUGAAGAUGUGGUCACCAGGUCCUUGUGGUACCUUGUGAGGACUUCCAGAAGGGCGGCGGGCUUCAAAGGGCCCCUGAACUCCGUGCUGGUGUAGGGGAGCCGUUCUUGGUGACAGAGGAAUGUUAACGUUAACCUGAUUACGCUGGUCGUCUUCUGACAUCGUAGUAGAGACCAGAGCUUGAAUUUGUACCCAUAAACAGGGAGAUGGGUCCUUCAUCAAGGCAGCUCCCCUCUCCGAGUCACUAACAAUGUAUGUAAGGUCUAACUUACCAGUAUUUGAGGAAUUUGCUUCCAAACAUCAUUGUGGCAUUUCCCCCCUCCCUCUAUGUCCAGAAUAAGGGUACAGAAUAGGGAUGAGAUCCCCUUGGCUGCUUCUGCAUGUGCUUGGGAAGCCAGACAGAAUUUUGAAAGUAUCUUUCUCCGUUCUCUGCCUCUCCUGCCCUGGCUCUUCCCUGGGCAACCCCCACAGAGUUGACCUGGCCCUUUUUAAGCCAGUACAGCCCAUCUCUCCUGGGGGUGAUUUUAAUUGAGCUUAUGCUUCUGACACUGCCUAGAGCUGGGUGGAGGUUCAGCCAGUGGUCCCCAAAUUCACCUCAUCCUAUUAGUCUCGGUGUCCUCCUGGACCCUCCCCAAGCUAUGUCACUGGCAGGACCUUGCCAGCUCUCGGCAAGAGCUUUGUCCCCAGGCUGAGCUGUUGAUAUUUGUGGCGAGCAUGUGAUCUUAUGCGGUGGUCUUAGAGAAACAGAGGUACAAAGAGCAGCUGAUGUCUUGGAGGCAGCAGCCCUGUCCCUGUGUGUGGGUUUUUGUUGUUCUUUCCUGGGACACUUGGAAGCCUGACAUGCUGUGGCUUCAUUCCUUACAUGUCUUGCAAGCUUCCUGUGUAGCUAGUCUGUUGGAUGUCUUACCAGGAAUCCAAUGGCUGGCAUGGAUGUAGUCUCUUCUAGAACAUAAGGGUUUUGUCAGUGGUUAGGAGUUCGGACAGUGUUCAUUUUCAGAGAAAAGGCCUGAGACCAAGGGCAAUUACCUCAUCAGCCUCGACUUCAGGGGUGUUUGGGGGCUUAGGAGAACCAUAGGCUACUUUCUCAUCCUCCUCCCCCCCAGCCUCUCUGGCAUUGAGACUUUGGUAAGUUGGCACACAUCCUGCUGCCAGAAUUACAGUGACUAAGUUCCACAUCAUCCUGAGAGCAUGCAGGCUAGCUUGUUCUAAUAUGGGCACUGUGGCCUCAUUUGAAGUCUCUCCUGUCCCCAAGGUGCCACAACCUUAGUGAAGGCCCUGCCAUGCUCCUCCAAGUUGAAGAUGCUUAGCAGCAUCCACCAAGACCCAGAAGAUGCCAAUCUCUACCUCAGCAGCCACUGCCUGUCUGUCAGCAUCCCUGGGACGCCAGCAGGCCUCUGUGGCAGGAGUGGUGGAUGGAGAGUUCCCUGCUGCCCGUUGCCCUGCGCAGAGGUUUGGUGAUGGGACAGUUAUUUACAAGUUGUCCAGGGGGGCACCUACACUAUGAGUAAGCUCUGUGUGCUCCUCCUACAGCCCAGUGAUCCCGGGGAAAAGAGAAGCAGACCAAAGCCAGGAAGGGAGGCUUUCUGCCAUUCUAGUCGGCCCUAAUCCUGUGUGCCUAAAUGGUUGUGGACAGCACCAUGUGACCUGUCUAAGGGUGAACUUAAAUCACUUAAAUUUAGAUGCUACUGACACUAUGCUUUUUUGGAGUACCUGGGACCAUAAGAGUCCAUGAAGGUGGAGACCUCCUUCCUAGGCCCCAUUGGCAUAUUUUCCUAAGUGAUUAAAAAAAAAGAAUGGGAGCAGAAAGAGUGCAUUCUCCAAAAAGUCUACAAUGCUCACUUAGAUUCCACGCAUCCUUAAAGAAACCCACCGGCUCUUUCAGCUAGGCAAGGCCUUUGUGUGUAUUUGUUUUUAACGGGCUUGAGCCUUCCCAGUGGGGUCUGCAGAAGUCUGCCGUGGGAGGAAGCAGAGGGUCUAGGCAUAGCUAACUUUCUCUGCUUAAGGGCCUCCGUGUCUCCAGCAGACACAUUUGCAUUCUUGAUCUCUGGCCUCUGUUCUUCACGGCUGUGGAAAGGACCUGAAUAAGGCCUGGGGGGGUCAGGACAGUGAGGUGGUCCUCCCCCUCCCACAGCCUCCCGGGCUUGCAGGUUCUUUCUUCAAAAGAGGAGUAGUAUCAAUGUCAGACUUUUGGAGACAUCUAUAGGAUCCCUCUCCAGCCCGUGGUUAGCAUUAGGAGGAUGCUGUCGCCGACUUCUCACCCUUCACCCUGCUCCUUGUGCAAGGGUUAAUUCCAUCAUGCACCCUUUCGAAGCCCUGCAGAUGAGAAGGGAAGUCAUCCCGAGCAGACUCUGCAAACUCGCUGUUCUUGUCCUCAGCAGUUCCUUGUUCUUUUGUGUAAAAAGUGCCUUAUAUUGCCUUGUGGCCUUGACUGGUACUGUAUGGCCAGCUCCCAACUGCCAGGGCUCUAGGGCUGACCGGCAUAUGCAGCCAAUGACACCAUACCUCAGCACAGCUCCAGGUUAAAGGGACAUGGGUUGACAGUUUUGCCUCACUCGUUCUGACCCUCUUCUCCCUCAUGCUUAGAUCUCUCGUGUGUUCUCCUCUUUGUCUCUGGCUUCCCCUUGUCUGUUGCCUUUGGGCUUGGCUGGGUGGCUACGGAAGCCCGUGAGGUGGCCCAGCAGCAGGCACCUAUGUAAUAAGGGAAGCCUGGGGGUUGGGAAGAAGGUCACCCCUUUGUACCUCUGGCCCUCUGUGGCAAGCCCUGCUCUUCCAGUCUCCUCACCACCACCCCAGGUUAGAAAGAGCAUCCUCUUCCCGCCUGUUUUACUUCCAGGUAGCCCAAAGUUUGUAUGAGGAGCGCGUUCACUUGUACUCCUGGUUCCAAGUCGUAGCUCAUCGGUAACCUGCUUGAGUACCUUUCUUUGGCCUGGUAGCUGCAAAGCACCUGGGUUCCUGUCAGGGUUACCUUGGGUUCCUAGCACCAACACCCUCCCUGACCCUUGCCUGCCUGCCUGUUCCUGCUCCUGCUCCUCCUCCUCCUGCUCGCUCCUCCUCCUCCUCUUCUUCCUUCUCCGGGUUGUGCAAUAACCCUCCCAGCCAGUGGUCUUUCCCACAGGCCUUUGUCCCUUACUGUAUCCUGCAUAGUGGGAGAGAGGGGACCCAUGGGAGAGGUAGUCAUCAUCCCUUACACCUGUCAGUCCCUUCCCUUCCUUAUAUUGCUGUCAGUCUCAUGAUCCUGGGUGGGUUUCUGUGGCAACCCUGUAGAAUGUGUAGUAUCAUCUUAGAAAUUCUUAUAUUGUUAAAAAAAAAAAAAGUUGAAAAAAAAUCCUCAGACUGGGACAUUAUCACUGUCUGGGAAUAAGGUCUGCUCUGGUAUUGCCGGCAUCACUGUCACCGCUGAAGGCAUUCCAGAGUUUCUUGUUCCUGUGGGGAGGAUAGAGAUUUUUUUUUUCCCCAACAAUCAGCCGCAGUGGUGAGCCCUGUCCCCACCCAGGACCUGGCUGUGGCGGUGAGUGCCGUCAUUCUUCUGGGUACAGAUUAGCGCACGUGAUGAAACCUCACUUUUCAGUUUCUCUGUUUAACAAGCACCCGAAGAACGAGCUGAGGAGCUGGUGCCCUGCGCAACUCAUAAUGCAAAUGUGGACACAUUGACUGUUUUUCUACAUUAGCCUGUUUCGGGUCACGGACCAAAUUCAACAAGGAACUCAAGGAAAAACGUGUACCUGCGUAUUUAUGCUUUCAUGUAAAAGGGUUGGGGGGAGGGAUGUCUUUAUUUUUGGUGACAUUUUUUUUUUUCAAAGUCCCUUUUCCUAUGUUUCUGUCUGGUUUUGGAAACAAGCUACAGUUUUGUAUGGAUUUUUUUAAAUGUACAUUUUGAAACAGAUGAUCAAAUAUUUUCUGAAAUACCUGAAUAAAGGGCAUAGAAUUAUUGGUGGUAACGGUUUCUGAUAGAA